CAGAAAGGAAGUUUACAUAAAGCCCUGUCAAAUGCACGUGAAUCAUAAACAACAAAACUCGGCUGAAAGUUGGUGGACGCUGUUGACUUACUUUGUUCUUGAAAUUAAUAGACCACAGCUGCUGAGGUAAGCUGUCCAGGCUGUCGUUGUUGACAUAAAUGUGAAAGUGAAAGUGUCAACGCUACACUGAACAAGCAAUUGAAGACGUAUAAAGUGGGUUAAAUGGAUGGUAUUUACUGGAACGACCAAUAUUUCCUCGCCUGUCCUAUUUGUCUUGAGGUUCUUCAAGUUCCCGUUACUAUACCAUGUGGACACAGCUACUGCUUAAACUGCAUUAAACGUUACUUUGACCAGAAGAAGGGCCGUGGAGAUGCGGUGCAGUGUCCCCAAUGCUGGGAAACGUUUGCUACAAGGCCCCCGCUGAAGAAAAACACUCUUAUCGCCGAAAUGGUGGAGAAAAUAAAUCAGCCCAAACAACCAACGUCUUCUUCUAAUUCUGUCCACGUGGACAGUGAGUUAGAAUGCGACGUGUGCAAAGGAACAAAAGUUAAAGCCGUCAAAUCUUGUCUUGAUUGUUUGGUGUCUUACUGCGAGGCUCACCUCAAACUCCACAACGAGCUCAACCCAGGGGGCAAACACAGAGUUGUAAAUCCCGCGGGACACCUGAAGGACAAAAUCUGCCGUCGACAUAGCAAACUUCUGGAGGUUUUCUGUCGAACGGACAAGCAAAUUCUCUGUUUGAUGUGCACCAUGUACGAGCAUCGAGGCCACGAAAUGGUACCAGCAGAGAUAGAGAGAUUCGAAAAACAGAAACUUGUUGGAAAGGCUGACACCAAUUCAAAGAGGAGACUGGAAGAGAAGGAGAGAGAAUAUCAGCAAGUAAAGAAAGCCACACAGAAUCUGAAGCGCUCCGCAGCAGCCGCAGUGGCGGAAAAUGACAAGUGCCUUAAGCACCUGAUGGGCUCCAUCCAGAAGAGGCAUGCUAAGGUGACGAAGCUGAUCAGGGCUCAGGAGAAGGCGGAGGUGAGUAGGGCUCAGGGGGUCCUGAAGCAGCUGGAGCAGGAGAUUGCAGAUCUGAAGAGGAGAGAUGCUGAGCUGACGGAGCUCGCACGCACGGAGGACCAUGUCCACUUCCUUCAGAGAUUUCCCUUCCUUAAUGAGCCGACUGCACCAGAUGUCAUCAUCCGUGUGGAUCAGCACAGCUCCUUUGGGGAGGUUGGCAGCUCUCUGUAUGAACUCCAGAAGCGCCUGGAGACCCAGUGGACGAAGGAGAAGAAGGAGAUCAUUGAGAAAGUCGCACACAUCCAAGCAUUUGUGGCUCCAGACUACAGGAAUAAGGAGGAGUUCCUGAGAUACUACCACCCAUUUGCUCUGGAUCCGGCCACCGUCCGUAGCGGUCUCCAACUGCUCAAUAGCAACAAGACUGUUGCGGACAAAAAUGUGCGCCUCCCGUACCCUCAUCACCCUGAUCGGUUCGACUGCUGGCUUCAGGUGCUGUCCACAGAGAGCAUACUGGCACGCACCUACUGGGAGGUGGAGUGGCAGGGCCACUGGGCCAACGUCGCCCUGUCCUACAAGAGCAUCCGCCGGGACGGAGGGGGUAAGGACAGCAGGUUCGGGUCCAACGACCAGUCCUGGAGCCUGAGGCUCAACAGCAGGUUCGGCUCCUCUCUCUGGCACGACGACAAGGAGACCAAGCUCCCACGAGUCACCUGCUCCAGAAUAGGCGUCUACGUCGACUAUUUGCACGGAACCAUUUCCUUCUACACCGUCGCGGACGCAGUGAUGAGCCUCUUGCACAGAGUCCAGACUUCGUUCAGUGAGACGCUCUAUCCAGGGUUUGGGUUUGAUUUCGGUUUGGAGCAUCACCCGUCUUCUGUUGGGUUUGUGGAGCCAUUAAGACUUCAAUCUCUUUAGAGAAGUCAUGACGACACAUUUAACAGUCAGACAUCAAUCUGGAGCUCUAACAGAAUGCAGAAUUCAGAAUGCAGUUUGGAAUUAUUACAUGCCAAAUGAAUUGUGAGGAAAUAGGGAAGAUGAGAUGUAAUUUUUGAGUUUGUUACAGUCAACCCUAAAAGUCAAAUCUGCCUGUGUAGGCGAAACUAUUGACUUCACAUGCAAGUGCCUUAAGUAUAGUAAUGGACUGUCUGGGAACAGUGUGUUGUAAUGUACUGUAUAUGUUGGUGGUGAUUUAUGACCUGAUUUAAGCUAUUGAAUACAAUACCACUAAUGUUUUUAUUUAGUCAUUGGGAAAUAAUUUAAGUAUUAACAAAGUAUUAAUAAAUAAAUUAUUCAGAAUGAUCA